AAGAAUAUCCUGUAAAAAUAUUGAAGUAAAGAGACAGAAACAAUGGCAUUUUGGAGCUCUCUUCGUCGCGUUUUCCUCGUUCUGAAUAAUUCCCCGUCAAUGGGCUGAAUAGUAAAACCGAUGAGCCCAGUCUCCCGCUGACGUCAUCCACCUGUUGGGGACGCUAGAGCCCUAUAAUGGUAGGUGUGGCUAACCGCCAGAUUAAAAGACUAAUUUUUCGUCACCUGCGCUUUGCUAAAUUGUUGUAUAUAGUCGAAUUGUCUCAAAAUAUGAUUCUAAUUCACAUCAUAAUGCUAUUUAAGACUUUUUUUCUCAUGGCGUAUGUUCUUUAAAUCAGGAGAUAUGAAGGAAAGACCGCGAUAAAACAGGGAAACACCGUAUGCUGCGAUUUUGAGGUUUGACGACCGCUCGCUCAAUGAGAGACUUGUUUUUUUCCCUUCGUAGUUUUAGCUGCGCUAUAAUUAUUGUGAUUUGUAUGGGAAAGCGAGGAGGGCGAGGCAGGGAGGUUGGUGGCGAAUCCCAUCGGGAAGCGGUGGGAAUCGCUCUCCUCUUCAGAAGGAGAAUUAGUCAGAGCGACCAAUGGAUGGCAUGUCAAUUCUGUUCGGAUGUCGAUUAACGACAGAGCAAAGAGACUUUACUAUUUUGCCGAGGAACCGUGAAGAUUGUGAUGGUUUUGGAAGACGCCGGAUGUAAUGCAAAACCGUUUUUUCCGUUAAGAUGAGUCAUUUGUCGUACUCGCUGUGCGCCGGUUUUCUGACCCCUGUUGCACAUCGAUGCGCCCUUACACCAGCUAUCCGGGUGGCACCUGUGGCAGCAUUGACGGCUUCUUGCCCUAUUCAACAAGUACUUUUAAGAGCUUUUUGACUUCUGUUUGUGGAUAUCCCUGGAAGUGUUGGUCAAGCGAGCGUGAUAGCGAUGAGCUAGUCUGUGACUAAUUCUCAGCAGGGCUGUGAAAAAAUGCCAGUCCCAACAGCAGGCAGCCAUUAGGCAGGAGACAAAAAGUGUCAGUCCGGCGCUCGGUUGGGUUCCCAAGGGCCUCUUGGAUGGGCAACGCCAGCUGGAGGAGCCAAGCCUCCUCCGAGGAUACGGACUCCUCACUACAAGGGGACCUUGAGGAUGAUUACUCAGACUCGCAGCGGUCCCAUCUGUCCUCAUUUACCAUGAAGCUGAUGGACAAGUUCCAUUCUCCCAAGAUCAAGAGGACUCCAUCCAAGAAAGGCAAGCAACUGCAACCCGAGCCCGCCGCCAAGAGCGCUGAAAAGCCUGCCAACAAGAAGGUGAGUCGACUGGAGGAGCACGAGAAAGAGGUGGUGAGCGCCCUUCGCUACUUCAAGACAAUCGUGGACAAGAUGGUGGUGGAGAAGAAGGUUCUGGAGAUGCUCCCCGGUUCGGCCAGCAAAGUGCUGGAAGCCAUUCUGCCUCUAGUUCAGGGGGAGGCCCGCAUACAGCAUAGUUCAGCAUUGUCUUCCUGCCACAACCGGGUGUACCAGAGUCUGGCUAACUUGAUCCGCUGGGCCGACCAGGUAAUGCUGGAUGGCAUCGACCUGGACGACAAGGAGAACGUGACGUCGGUCACCAACGUCAUCAAAGCGGUACUGGACGGCGUCAAGGAGCUGGUGAAGCUGACCAUUGAGAAACAAGAGCAGCCGUCGCCCACUGGAUCCAACAAGCCGGCACCACCCAUCAUUACAGCAGAGAGCAGCGCACCUUCAGAGGUGCCCUCAAUAGAGCGGGAGUCGGAGGUGACGAAGAAAGCUCCAGUGGCAGCUCCUGCCGAGGCACCCUCGGACGCACCCGACGAGGAAAUAGCCCCUCCGAAACCUCCCCUCCCUGAAGCCAAGAUGGCAGAACUCAGAGCACAGUUGAGUUGUGACGGUGGCCAAAGGAAGCCCACUCUCAAGGAGAACCCUCCGCCGGCCCUCCCGCCCAAGAAGCGUCAGUCGGCCCCUUCACCAACGCGGGUGGCAGUGGUCGCCCCCAUGAGCCGGGGAUCCAGUUUGCCAUGCAGCGUCCACAGACAGCAGCACGAUUACGAGCAGGAGUUUGUCCAGCGGCGCUUCUCGGGAGGCAGCCAGUCUUACGGCGGGGACUCCCCGCGCCUGUCCCCUUGCAGUAGCAUGGGCAAGCUCAGCAAAUCGGAUGAACAGCUUUCCUCCAUGGAGCAGGACAGCGGCCAGUGUUCUAGGAACACCAGCUGCGAGACGCUAGACAACACAGAAAACUACGACCCCGACUACGACUUCCUCCACCAGGACCUCUCAGUCGGGGAAAACCUGCCCGCAAUCCCAACGGGCGGUUGCCUCAGCCCGCUGCCGGAGUCGCAAAGCGAGUCGUCUUCGCCGGUCCCCGGGCAGCAGCCAUCACAACCUCGCUUCAGCGCGCCACCGCCAGAGUACUGGACGCCACAACCCGGCCACCUCAACCCACUCUCGCGCAUUAGUGCGCCGCCCGCUUUGCCCCAGAAAAAGCGGCGCAGCACGCAGACGCCGCCCUUCCCCGACGGGGGCUCCAAGGUGUACGAGCGCUACCCUUCCCAGUACGACAACCUGUCCGAAGAGGAACCGCCACCCUUUCCGCUUUUCACGCCCAUCUCGCCCAUGCCGCAGACCAACGGCGGUGUUUUUGUCGCGCACUAUAUUUGCGCUGACAACGCCGACGUGUCCGCUAGCCCACCUCCACUCCCGGAAAAGAAAAGUAAACACAUCUUGCAGUACAUGCAGUUUGUGGAGGAUUACUCGGAGCCGCAGCCGUCUGUCUUCUACCAGAUGCCGCAGAGCGAGAGCAUCUACGAGCAGCGUAACAAGCGCUUCCAGGAGGUCUAUGGUUUCAAUGACUCCUUCAGCAGCACCGACUCGGUCCACGAGCCGCUCCUGCCACCUGCGCUGCCGCCCAAGCAACGACAACUGGCCUCCCACUCCUCUUCCCCUUCUUCUUCUUCCUCUUCUUCGCUCUCCUGCCACCUCCAGCCGUCAGUAGCGGCCAUGGAGGAGGCGGGCUCUGGGCUCGGGCUCAGCAUGUCCAUCUCUAACUCCUACCUGAUUGGCCAAGCCGCCUUGACCACGCCCAUGAGUGUGGACCGGGCCGGUUUGACCGACGCCACCAUUCCAGACGACGAGCGGGGAGGCCCCCCAUCGGGCUCGGCCCCGUCCGAGUCGCCACUCGGUGAAUCGCUUCACGUGAGCGAGAGUGCAAAUGACGAGGGUGGGGAGGGCGAGUAUGUCAACUUGUACUCGUCCAGCCAGGCCAAUGGCGAGCUGCCUCUCUCCCUCAGAGAAACCGUCACGGCUGACGAUGUGCUCCGAGACCCCGCCCCUCUUUCGCCAUCAGCAAAUAGCAAAGAAGCCAAGGAAGUGGAGAGGAGGCAAAAGUCCGCCGAGUCGACAGAGGACAGCGAGGAAAAUGUGGACGAGCUCUCUCUCAUCGACCACAAGGAAAUCAUGAGCAGGCUAACGCUAAAACAGGAAAAUGACGACGGACCGGAUGUGCGCGCUGGCUCGGGAGACAUUUUAUUAGUCCAUGCCACAGAGACGGACCGCAAAGACCUGGUUUUAUACUGCGAAGCUUUUUUGACCACGUAUCGGACCUUUAUAAGCCCUGAGGACCUCAUCAAGAAACUACACUACAGAUACACAAGCUUUUGUCACAGUCCAGACACGUUCAAGAAGCGCGUCAGCAAGAACACCUUUUUCGUUUUGGUGCGUGUGGUGGAUGAACUCUGCCUGGUGGAACUGACAGAGGACAUCCUGAAGCAGCUGAUGGACCUGGUGUUCACACUGGUGUGCAACGGGGAACUAAGCCUGGCUCGGGUCCUGCGCAAGAAUAUCCUGGACAAGGCGGAGCAGAAGAAGCUGCUGCGCUACACCAACUCACUCAAACCGCUGGCCGCCCGCGGCGUCUCGGCCAGGCCCGGAACGCUGCACGAUUUCCGCAGUCACGAGAUCGCCGACCAACUCACGCUUCUUGACGCCGAGCUAUUCUACAAGAUUGAGAUUCCCGAGGUGUUGCUUUGGGCCAAAGAGCAAAACGAGGAGAAGAGUCCCAACCUGACGCAGUUCACAGAGCACUUUAACAACAUGAGCUACUGGGUGCGCUCAUUAAUCAUUCAGCAAGAAAAAGCCCAGGACCGAGAGAAGCUACUGCUCAAGUUCAUCAAGAUCAUGAAGCACUUGAGAAAGUUAAACAACUUCAACUCCUACCUGGCCAUCCUGUCCGCGCUGGACUCUGCACCCAUUCGUAGAUUGGAGUGGCAGAAACAGACGUCAGAGGGAUUGGAAGAGUACUGCACGUUGAUCGACAGCUCGUCGUCCUUCCGAGCGUACCGGGCCGCUCUAGCCGAAGUGGAGCCUCCCUGCAUCCCGUAUCUGGGUCUUAUCCUGCAAGACCUGACCUUCGUCCACUUGGGCAACCCCGACCUCAUCGAUGGCAAAGUCAACUUUUCCAAGCGGUGGCAACAGUUCAACAUCUUGGACAGCAUGCGUCGCUUCCAGCAAGUGCACUACGAGCUGAAACGCAACGACGACAUUGUCUCCUUCUUCAACGACUUCAGCGACCACCUAGCCGAGGAGGCGCUUUGGGAGCUGUCGCUAAAAAUCAAGCCGCGAAACAUCGGUCGACGCAAGACCGAGCGGGAUGAGAAGACUUAAGUGGUGCUGCCCCCUCUCUCCUAAAGACCUGACCUUACAACUGUGCUUCGGUCACACUGAUUCCACUUUAACAGACCCGGACGGACGUUUUUUUAUUUGGCCGGGAGAUCGGUCGCUUGUGAACAAUUGAUACAAGCGCCGGCGAGGUUUACGAAAAGCCGUGCCGAGCUGGGAGCGGCGGCGGAAAUAAACGCAAGUCUGGUCUUUUUUUUAAACGCCGAGUGUGGGACGCUAAGGUGCGAAGGCCCAUUACUCUUUCAAGAAAGCCACAUACAGGGUUUUUUUGUCAUACACUAAUCGCAGAAGGUGAACUCAUUGGCUGCUCUAUCUGCUCUGUAGUUCUUUCACCGUCUAUGGAACUGAAGCAGUUCAGAUUAGUGCCAAAUUUCAGGAUGAACCUAAAAUGCACUACAUACUUUAUAUACCUUCCAGUAUUAUUUUGGGGUCGUGUUCUACUGUAGUACCUGUGACUGAGUGUGUAUGGCUUUAAACAGCCUCAGCCGCCGGCUUUACCAACUCGUGUUUAAGGGAAACAUUCACCGGUUGGAUUUUCAAAACUUGAGAAAUGAACUCAUUCACCACCAACCCCUUCCACUCCUGAUGGAUCUGACGUCUACGUUUGUCCGAGGAGGAAAAAGAAAUGGAGGCUACCAGGGUAUUAGGGCUGGGCGAUAUGGCCUUAAGUACGUAUCACGGUAAAUUGAGCAGAUUUACCUCAAUAACGAUAAAUGACGAUAAACUCGCCCAAGCGGACUUUUAUUUAAUUUGAGUCUAAAUAGUCUAAAAAUUUAAGUAUACUAGAAACUGCAAUUUCUGGAGAAGUUACUCUGGGUCUUUGCUGUGUGGCUAUACAGAUCUUAGCCCCGUCCAGGGCUGUCAAUAGAAUGGACAAACAUGCCCGUGAAUGGUAUUAAACAAAGUAAAUGCCAUUGGAAAUGAAUGGGAAAUUUGGACGUCCAUGGCCGUCAAUGGCAGUACCCUUCAUAAGCAUCAAUGGAAUGGGGGACGUUUGGGAGACACGUCCUAUUGAUAACUGGUCAUUUCCUGUUGAUUUGGGGACAUUGCUUUUUUUUCCCCCCAUUGAAAAUGAAUAGGAAAUAUUUUGGACGUCCAUAGCCGUCAAUGGCAUCGAGUUACAUAGGCGUCAAUGGAAUCCAAGUGCAUUCGCAUCAAUAGAUUCGACAUACAUGGCAGUCAGUGGCAUCAAUGCAAUGUAAAUUCCAUUGGAAGUGAAUGGAAAUUUUUCCCAUUAGAAAUGAAUGGGGAAAUUUCCCGUUAAAAAUAAAUGGGAAAGUUUUUGGCAAAUUUCCAGGGAAACGUAAAUUUUUUCCAAAUUCUGUGUACAACUUUUAUGCCCCUCAUUGUCGCGGAAUUUUUUCUGUCCAAAUUAUGUGAUUUGGUCAAAAAUUGUAAGACUAGAUACAUUUUGAAUUUUUUUUUUCCCCAAAAAAAUUUGUGAAAAAUCGGCGUUUACGGGCGAACGUAAAAUUUCUUGGGGUAGUUCGAAAAAUUCCCUGCGUCGUGGGAAAAUUUCGGUCAUAUCCAUAUUUGAACGGUGUCAAACGGUUCGGGCUGUGCGGCGCGCAGAAGAAAUCCCUUUUUUAAGAAACAGAAUAACACUAUCUGGGUCUUUUUUCAAAGACCCAGAUAAUAAACGUUUCUUGUACACAAUAAGAAUUCAAGUAUGAACAUUUAUAACAGCUUGUAUGACUUGAACAAUGUACAACGUUAUAAAAAUCAAUACGAAGACUGUAAAAACAUGUCAUUGUAACUCAAAUGACUUACAGCUUGAAUUACUCAACACAAGUGUUUACUUCAAAGUUUCAGGGUUUUUUUUUUUCCAGAGCAUUUUUUAAAUACAUUCACGCGCACAUGCACCCCCCACACAGACACACAUUAAAGCUAUAUUGCUCUAAAGUCAAUGAAACAUUUAAGAUUUUAUGAUGGCAGUAAUGACACGGAAUAAAGCAAGCACAUACAGAUAAAAAGCUGUGGCCAUUAAACAGUCAUAUUGUAGGCUUCACUGUUGGAUUAUACUUUAUGCUGAAUGCUUUACCAUCAUAAAAGCUAUCAGACAAAUCACACACAGAUACAAAAUAACACGCCAUACUGAUUGCUAGAUGCAGAGAUGGCAGAGCAACAAAAAGUUCUGUCUGAGGAGGAAAAAAGGAUAGCUAUCAGGAUAUACAGAAUAAACAUUGGCCUGGCUUUCACUCCCUGGCGUGUCAGCGCUCAGACGAGUUUGGGUGUUCCGGUAUGUGGGUUAGCCACAUGGUUGCUAACCGUCAUAUGCUAUUGUUUAGCCACAACUGGAUUCAUUACCAUCUUAAUUAUCGUUCACACAGCCCCUGGAAACAGAAAUGUUGUUUAAUCCAUCUGCAGGCGACCAGCAUGAGUUUACGACACUAUGCGGGUGUACACUGGUCCUCAUGGGAAAUGCAGUCUUCCUUCAGGCAAGCUUUUGUUCACCGGCAUCGCUAAAAUCGACCAAAACUGAAAAGUUACCAAGUGUCGUUUUAACUCACAAAAAGAAUGUUAAUGGUGAAUGAGUUAACUCAAAGUUGGAGAAUAAGUGAACUUACAGUGGUAUGAAAACGUAUCUGAACCUUUUGGAAUUUCUGACAUUUCUGCAUAAAAUCGAUUUGAUUUGAUCUUUGUCAAAAUCACACAGAUGAAAAAACUGUCUGCUUUAACUAAAACCACCCAAACAUUUAUAGGUUUUCAUAUUUUAAUUAGAACAGUAUGCAAACAAUGACAAAAGUGGGAAAAAUAGUAAAUAAACCAUUACAUUUAAUAUUUUGUGGCCCCCCCCCCUUUUGGCAGGAAUAACUUCGAAUAACCAGACGCUUCGUGUAGCUUCAGAUCAGUCUGGCACAUCAACCAGGACUAAUCUUGGCCCAUUUUUCUCUACCAAACUGCUGUAGUUCAGUCAGAUUCCUGGGAUGUCUGACAUGAAUCACUGUCUUUAAGUCAUGCCACAGCAUCUCAAUGGGGUUCAAGUCUGGACUUUGACUUGGCCACUCCAGAACCUACAUUUUGUUCUUCUUGAAACUAUUCAGAAGUUUGUAUUGUUGCAGCAUCCAUCCUCUUUUCAGCUUCAACUGUCUGACAGACGGCCUCAGACUUUCCUGCAAAACAUCCUGGUAAAGUUUUGAAUUCAUUUUUCCAUUAAUGAUUGCAAGUUGUCCAGGCCCCGAGGAAGCAAAACAGCCCCAAAUCAUGACGCUACAGGGAUGAGGUGAGCUAUUCCAUUUUUCCUGCACACAUAACAUUGUGUGUUACUCCCAAACAAUUCAACUUUGGUUUCAUCAGUCCACAAAAUAUUUUGCCAAAACUUCUGUGGAGUGUCCAAGUGCCUUUUUGCAAACAUUAAACAAGCAACAAUGUUUUUUUUUGUUUUUUUUUAAGACAGCAGCUGCUUCCUUGGUGGAGUCCUACCAUGAACCCCAUUCUUGGGCGUAGUUUUGCAAUUAGUUGAUGUGUGCACAUAGAUAUUGGACUGUGCCAGUGAUUUCUGUAAGUCUUUAGCAGACAUUCUAGGGUUCCUUUUUACCUCUCUGAGUAUUCUGCGCUGAACUUGAUGAACAUCCAGACUUUUAGAGAUGGGUUUUGUAUCCUUUCCCAGCUUUAUACAAAUCAACAAUCCUUGAUCGCAGGUCUUUAGACAGCUCUUUUGAACGCGUUAUGAUGCACAUCAGACAAUGCUUCUCAUCAAUUCCUACCAGGUGUGUGUUUUAUAGUGGGCAGGGCAGCUUUAAACCUAGUGGCGCUUCCAGAAAUUGUUCAUAGGGGUGGCCAGACAGGGCCACUUAAAAUCUUGGGGUGGCACACCAAAACUAAAAGUCAUAAUUUCAGGUUUUUAUUAUGUUGUUGCAGUAAAAGGCCAGUAGAAAACUAUCAGAAAGACUUAAGGACAAGCCUACUUAUAUACUUUGGUGUAUUGUGCUAUAUUUAUUUAAUGUGCAUAGUCCAUAACAAUACAUAACAUUUUAAAAUCCACAGCUACUACAAUCUGACAUUAUACUGCAGCGGCGCUGGAAGUCACUCACAGCUUUUUGAGUUUUUCCCAUUCAAGAAGAGCCGUUUUGGUCCAAAUUUGUCAUGAUUGCGCAUUUUCUUCAUACAUGCUGGAUAGUUUACGUACUACUACUGGCUACUACAAACACAGCGUUCUAUUACAGUGUGUGUUGGAGUUUUUGUAUUGGAAAAAGUAAUGCAAUUCCCUGCAGCUAGACGGCAAUGACACAUGAACACAUUUGAAAAUUAAAAGGUCCAAUAAGCCUCGGUUUAACACCAGGGGGUGCUGCAGCACUAGGGUGGCCAAAAAAAUCUAUAGGGGGUCUGUGGCCACCCCCUGGUGGUGCCAUUGAUUUCUGCAGAUAUUAUCCAUCGCAUACUUCAAUCUCAGCCCAGUCACCAGACAUGAACAUCAUUGGGUAUGUCUGGGUUAGGAUGAAAGAGGAAACAUGUAUUAGGCGUGUGCCCAGUCACUGAUGAGUGGUUGAUUAAACCACUCAUGAGUGGUUGAUUAAACCACUCAUCAGAGACUGGACAACACCGAACUUAAAAUGUUUGGUAAAAAUUGGUUUCAAUUGCUCUUUAAGUCUCCUUAGGCAGAGGGUUAACUUACUUAUUUUUCCCCCUUCUGUCAUUGUUUGCAUGCUAUCCUCAAAAUGACCAUAUAUGACCAGGCUACGCCCCCUAAAUGUUCCCAAAUGAGCUGAUAUGACUAGGCCACGCCCACCAAAAGUUCCCAAAUGACCUGAUAUGACUAGGCCACGCCCCCAAAUGUCCCCAAACGACCUGAUAUGACUAGGUCACACCCCAAAUGUCCACAAGUGACCAUAUAUGAGUAGGCCACGCCCCCCAAAUGUCCCCAAACGUCCUGAUAUGACUAGGCCGCGCCCCCAAAUGUCCCUAAAUGACCUCAUAUGACUAGGCCACGCCUCCCAAAUGUCCCCAAACGGCCUGAUAUGACUAGGCCAUGCCCCCCAAAGGUCCCCAAACGACCUGCUAUGACUAGGCCACGCCCCCUAAAUGUCCACAAGUGACCAUAUAUGACUGGGCCACGCCCCCCAAAUGUCCCCAAACGACCUGGUGUGGCCAGGCCGCGCCCCCAAACGUUCCCAAAUGACCUGAUGACUAGACCACGCCCCCAAAUGACCUGCUAUGACCAGACCACGCCCCCCAAACAGCCUGAUAUGACUAGGCCAUGCCCCCCAAAGGUCCCCAAACGACCUGCUAUGACUAGGCCACGCCCCCUAAAUGUCCACAAGUGACCAUAUAUGACUAGGCCACGCCCCAAACGUCCUGAUAUGACUAAGCCACGCCUCCCAAACGUUCCCAAAUGACCUGAUGACUAAGCCACGCCCCUAAAUGUUCCCAAAUGACCUGAUAUGACUAAGCCACACCCCCCAAAUGUUCCCAAAUGACCUGAUAUGAAUAGGCCAUUCCCCCCAAACGUCCCCAAAUCAACAGGAAGUCAGCUGAUCAAAUCUGUAUCUCCACACAGGAAAGACCCAGGGAAAUUUCUCCAGAAAUUGCAGUUUCUAGUUAAAAUAUGAAAACCUUUAAAUGUUUGGGUGGUUUUAGUUAAAGCAGUCACUGUUUUUUCAUCUGUGUGAUCUUGACAAAAAUUAGAUCACAUUUGAUGGUGAUUUUAUGCAGAAAUGUGAGAAAUUCCAAAUCGUUCAGAUACUUUUUGAUACCACUGUAUUUGCCACAAGUUAGUUAACUCAAACACAUGGAAUGUGUGAACGCACUCGUGGUUGGCAAAUUAGUUAUGCAUUUUAGGUUCAUCCAAAAAUAUCACCCCAAAGGCCAAUUUUUCGUCAGUGGUGUAUACAAGUAUACAGUAUAUAUAUUUAUAUACACUUUUUACAUAGCAUUUGCCAACGAAUUGGUGGCUAUAGUCAAGCGCUCCUCACCUAAAAAUAGUUUGGCCAUUAAUUGCCAAAUUCUGCGUUGAAGGGGUUUGCUUCUGUAAAAAUCCCACACGUUUAUGAAAUGCGCGAGUCCCACACGCCGCUCUUUUUGUUUUGGAAAAGAGCUUGGCAGUCAAAAACCUGGAGGAGAAAGACAAAGAGCAAAGAAAAAGACGGGAAGCAAAAUGACUGAAGAUGCUGUGAACUGUUAUGUCAUGGUGUGCUGUGGUCAUAUGUAAAAAAAAAAAUUAUAUAUAUAUACAUACACAAAAAAAACAAUCUUGUCAUAUUUGGGGUUAGGGUGAAUGAGUGAAGUCAUUUGUCAUUCCAAAGUGUAAAUCAUUUUCCUUUUGUCUUUGGGAGACCAGUUGGAAGCAACUUGUCACACUGUGCCCUCAAUAAAAACAACUGUUUCUAUACAUCUACGUGAUAUACUUCAAUCAAAGCCACAAAUGCGCUUUCAUUUUACAAGGAAAAUAUUGAAUCGAAAGUAGGCGUGUGACAAAACAUCGAAAUGGUGAUAUAUCGUGAUACUUUGUAUCCCAAAAGGUUCUCGAUAUGCUCCUGCCAAGAAUCGAAAUACUGUUUUAAUAAGGUGUCACUGUU